CCUCUUCGCUAGUUGUUGUGGUGCUCCAAAUCCUAGUGCGCCACGCCCCUUUCAUUCAGCUGGGGGUGAUCAAUGCGAGUUUCCGAGUUCGGCCGCCAGAGCAUCACGUGAGGAAAUUGAUGGUGGUGUAGGUUCGCUCAAACUGCAAAUUUCGGCCCGAAACAUGAGCGAGUACUGGCUGAUUUCGGCCCCUGGCGAAAAAACGUGCCAGCAGACGUGGGAGACGUUGAACAACGUCACCAGCAAGCAGAACAACCUUUCCGUCAACUACAAAUUCCACAUCCCCGACCUGAAGGUUGGCACUUUAGAUCAGCUGGUGGGUCUCUCGGAUGACCUGGGAAAGCUGGACAGCUUUGUGGACUCUGUGACCAAAAAGGUGGCCUCGUACUUAGGAGAGGUCCUUGAAGACCAGAGGGACAAACUGAACGAAAAUCUGCUCGCCAACAACAGUGACCUUGCAAGCUACAUCACUCGCUUCCAAUGGGACUUGGCAAAGUACCCCAUCAAGCAAUCUUUGAGGAAUAUUGCAGACAUUAUCAGCAAACAAGUGGGUCAGAUCGACAACGACCUCAAGAGCAAGUCCACCGCCUACAACAAUCUCAAGGGCAACCUGCAGAAUUUGGAAAAGAAGCAAACUGGCAGCUUAUUGACUCGCAACUUGGCCGACCUCGUGAAGAAGGACGACUUUAUUUUGGAUUCAGAAUAUCUCACCACUUUACUCGUUGUCAUCCCAAAGGUUUCUUACAACGACUGGAAUACCAAUUAUGAGAAGUUGACGGACAUGAUUGUGCCCCGGUCCAGUCGGAAGAUCACCGAGGAUGCCGAGUUUGGCCUCUUCAACGUCACCCUUUUCAAAAAGGUUGCUGAGGAGUUCAAGAUCCACGCAAGAGAAAAGAAGUUUGUUGUUCGUGAGUUUGUCUACAACGAGGAAAUUCUGGCUGCUGGCAAGAACGAGAUCACCAAGUUGGUGACUGAUAAGAAGAAGCAAUUUGGUCCCCUUGUGCGCUGGUUGAAAGUCAACUUCAGCGAGUGCUUCUGUGCCUGGAUCCAUGUGAAGGCGCUGAGGGUGUUCAUUGAGUCAGUCCUCCGCUAUGGUCUGCCUGUCAAUUUCCAAGCAAUGCUGCUCCACCCUCACAAAAAGUCCCAGAAACGGUUGAGGGACGUCCUGAACCAGCUGUACGGCCACCUCGACAGCAGUGCCCUCCAAGGAUCCGGGAAGGGUGAAACCGUUGAUAUUCCUGGGCUUGGUUUUGGACAGGCCGACUACUUCCCUUAUGUGUACUACAAAAUCAAUAUCGACAUGGUGGACCAGAAGCCUAUUUAAUAUAAUCACCCGUUCAAGAUACGUUCCAGUAUUCUAGUGGCGAUUUUUUUCUCAAACAAACCAUUCCAGAAUUCUGUCGAACAAAUGUUUUUGGGCCAUCAAACUUCUGAUUUAAUUUUUUUUCCGCCAACUAGGAGGACAGUAUUCAAUCAAGUCUUGAUAAAUUACAUUAUGGUUGUUGUUAAAUUGUACAUAAAUUUUUGAUUAUGUGGCCGUAUAUUCUGAACAAAUUAAAGCGUUGAAAGGGUGUAGUGUGCCAUAGACCUAGGCAGAAUAUUGUUAUCAUGAAGCUAGAAGAUUUUGUUCAUAUGUAAAAACUUAUACUAACUGUAACUUAAGAUGAAUAACGUUGAUGUAAAAAUGUAAAAUUUUGUUCAGAGAAUCAUAAAUGUUAUAAAACUGUGCAGCACAAAUUAUUCAACUGCUGGCAAUAUAGUGUUCUUGCAUGUUUGAUUAAAAAAAUGAAGCAUUCCUUGUUUUUAAACAAAAUUAUUUUACAGUCCAAAUGUGAAUAAGAAGUCAAAUUGUAUGAAUUUUAAGAGGAAAUGUUUACGCAUGUUGAAAGUCUCAUCAGCUACUUGCAGUGCAGGAGACAGAAAAAUUAUAAAAAAUCACCAUAAAAAAAUAUAAUCUGUUGGAACAAAUUAUGUGAUAUUAGCUCAUCCAAAUUUUUAGGAUUUAUCUUUGUUCUGCACUUGUUAGAACUGAAAUUGCAAAUAAUACUUGGAACGCAAUCUGCAAUAGUCAGCCCUUUGUUCAUCUCACCAUAUCCUCUGGCUCUUGUUAUAAACACAUCAAUAAACAUCAUGUGGAGCAA